UAAAAUGGCGGCCAACUAAACUUCGAACUACUAUUCCUCGAACUAAACUUGGUUGUAAGACUUUCCUCGAACUUUACUCAAACUAGUCAUGAGUUCUAUUCACGUUACAGUUCCUAUUGUGUUUUGGGGGCAUCAUCCUCCAGUACACGAUAUUACCUGUAUGACCAGGACAGAGGAAGAUAAAGGAGUAGCUACUGGUACUAAAACGGGACAGAUAUGCAUCUGGGACUUAUACAGGAAGAGAAUCAAUGGAGAAUUUGUGUUAUGUCCGAGGCUAUUAUUACUAGGUAUGCAGUCAAGUGUAUUGUCUCUUGCUUUUGUUAAGAACUGGUCUGGAGACAGGGACAGGAUUGUGAGUCUUAGUAAAAAUGGGUGCAUAGCAUUGUGGGAUGGUAAAGAUGGGACGUGUCUUAAGACUGUUAAUAAUCUUGGAAAUGGAAUGCAUUAUGGAAUAAAGUCAAUAGCACGUCCUGCUAUUAAAGAAACCUUGAUUGCUGUUUGGGGACAAUAUCACAAUAUAUUCAUACUUGAUCCUAAUACACUGGAG